CCAUGGUAUUUUUAACCCUCUGAUGCCUCGGAUGAAGAAAGCGACAUUGGUGGUCAUCGUCAUUGCUACCUGGCUUGCAUCGCUUCUCGUCGCCACACCCACCGCCCUCUACACCAGAGUCUACAACGGAACGUGCAACGGUAGGGAAUUCCGCUUCUGCGCCGAAUACUGGCACGACGUCCGAGCCUCGAAGAUCUACGUCGUUCUCCUCUCACUAGUGGAGUUCUUAGUGCCCAUGCUGAUCAUGGGCUGCAUCUAUCUGAGCAUCGCCACCAAGCUUUGGCUUCACCGCCAUCCUCCCGGCCACAUGACGGCCCGCCACCGAGAGAUCACCUUGGUCCGCAAGCAGAAGACGAUCCCGAUGCUUGUGGCAGUUGUGGUGGCCUUCUGCUUUUGCUGGGCUCCCUACUACGCCUACAACAUCGUCGUCGUAUUCCUGUACGAGGUCAUAGAGAGACAACCCUACUACCUUACCCUCAUGUACGCCGUUGAAGGUCUGGCCAUGCUCAAUGCCGUAGUCAGUACCAUCAUUUACUUUGGCCUGAGCCCUGUAUUCCGCAAGGAGCUUGUGAACAUGUUUGGAAAAGCCUUUGUCUGUUGCAAGUUGCCAUCCAUCGGCGUCUCCCAGACUCGGACGUCACACAGAUCCAAUGGCAGUCAGUCCUCCAAUGUCCCGAGACUUAACGGCUACAUCAAUGGGACAAGGAAACCUACCGUUGAGACCGUAGACACACGGAUAUGACUGCGUCAGUGGCCAAUCGUUAAACGCAACAUGGAUCACGUGUGAAGAUGUAAAGAGUAAGACGUCAGAUGAUCCUUCAUGGGAGCCUCUAACGAAAGAGUUAAGAGGGCACUCAGUAUUGCUAAACUCUUGUUCAUAUCACUGUGAUUAUUGUCAUGCACUUGUAAAAGACAACAUUAUCAAUCUUUAUCGUCAAGAACCUAUUUAACCCGACAUCAUGAUGUCAUCGGACAACACACGUCGAACAAACUGUGAAUUGUCAGAAUUUAAUUGUAACAGCCAAUUUCUGGAAUUCUAUUUUUUGUACUUUCAUUGAAACAGUGUUUUCUUGUCGGAAAUGAUUGUUUUAUUAUCAUCAUCAUGUUGAUGAAAAGUGAACUUUGAUAUAAGUAAGAACAAUUUAUGCCAAUCUGAAGAGAGUUUUUUUUACAUGAUUAAUGUCUUGAUUUUAUGAAAGCUAAUAAUUCAGUAUAUUAUGCAAACGCGUGUCCUAACUUUGAAAGGACUUAGAUUUAUGUAUCUAAAAUAUUUUUAUUUGAUUUAUUUGACAAGAGAAAGGAUGGAAAGAGAUAUUUUGUGUAUAGUAUUCAACGUACGGGUUGACAGAACUGUGUGAAUGAAAGUCUACUUUAUUUUCUUAGCUUCAAACAAAUCUUUAGAUUUAAUGGAAUCUUUGCGUGCCUUCGAUGGAGUUUGUCUUAUUUCAAGCAAGAAAAAACUGAUUGUAAAUAUGAGAACAUGGGUCUAUUUUUCGUCUUUUGUAAAUAUAUAUUUAACUCUUUAUUCGAAUAUUGAUAAAUGAUACAAACACGUGUUGCAUUGUAUUUUGCAUCGUGGGCUAUGAGAAUUGUAUAAUGUGCAUAUUCUUCAAUGAUUGAUCAGUGUUAAGAAAUGUUGUAAAGAUAUGCAUUAUUGUCACUUUAGUGGUGAUAUGGGUCUUUAUCCUGGCCCCCUGCGCCCCAUUUCGGCCAAACUCAGUCAGAGCUAGUUGCCUCUCUUAUACUGGCUUUUAGAUAUGAUAAUGUAAAUAUGGCUUCAUGUGAAAUUGUUUUUAAUGGUUGGAAACUGGUCGUUUGUUAUCACUGGAAUGUGGGAAUAUAUAUAUAUUUCUUUCUAAACAAAAUGGAUCAACUUCAUUCAUAUAUACUUGUACUACAGAGGCCAUAUUUACAGGUGUCUCUUUUUUUUUGCUCCUUUCAGAAGAUUUUUCCCAUCAAAAUUUCGCCAUCAAUUUAUCCUAUACGACCUCAAUGUAACAUUGAAUAUAAAACGUCUACUUGUUUUUGUCAUUCUAAAUGUAAAACAGGAAUGGAUUGAACUUUAACAAUCACCAUGCAAACAUUGAAUAUAGUGUUACUUCAACCAUAAUGCACAUCACCUCAUCACCUUGGUCGUACAUGUGGGCUAUAAAUACUUAAAGGGCCCAGCCACUGACAAAUCAUGGGGAAAUUGAAUCAAUAUGAAGUUUGCAAAAGGCCAAUUGACUUGCAUUACAUAAUCCGUCCGUCAUGAGCGCCCGUCGGACUAAUGUGAUAAAAGUUCGGACAGCACGAAUUUGACCGAACUCGUGAUGGUUAUUUACUUCGGAUCAUCGCAGUUCCAGUUUCCAACAAUCCCAAUUCCUAGACUCAUUGCAGGUCUCUUGAUUGCUAAACGAAAAUAAAUAACCUCUGUGAAGUUACAUGUUUCAAAGUGAAAACACGCAAUUUACUUCUGGUUGGUUAGUCUACUAACUAUUGCUCUCCUAUAGACCUCCCAGACAUGCCGGUGUCUAUUACAUAACACCCCCAGGCAUGCGGCCGAGUGAAAGACUUGAAUCCCUUCUCUGUUCUGAGAUAAGCCUUGAUUUCCCCAUGAUUUGUCAAUGAAAGGUCGCUUUAAUGCUGUAUGAUAUCUGUAAUUGGUAUUCAAGAAAUUUGGGUAAUGUUAUAUUUAUUUUUUUAUUCAGUAUAAACAAAACAUGUACGUCAUUUUCGUUAACUUUUGAGCAAUAUUUCGUUUCAGGCAUAGGAAUUUAAAUGUUCAUACAUGUAUGUAUACCACGUGGGAAAAUCCAAGCAACUGUAGACAUUGUCUUUUAUGGACUUGUAUGUUAAUGGAAAUAUUGCAACAGUUUGCACUGGCAUCCACGACCUGAGGAGUUAAACAAUGAAAGCACAAAGAAAAUAGUCCACUGGCAGUUCAUCCAUUUGUAAUGAGUUGCCAGAAACUGGACAGCAACCUCCGUGGCAGUUAAGGAGUUUCCGCUCCGCAACGUACAGACGAUUCAAGACAGAUAACUUGUAUUGCCAAUUGCCCGUCAUGACAAAGAGCAACAAAGAAGCCUUUUUGUCGAAAAUUGUUAAAUCAAAACAGCAGUUUAGUCCUUCAUUCUGGCGGAAACGACAUGUUUGCAAUGUUUCGUCCGCUCUGAAACUUUGGACGAAACUGCUGUCUCAUCAAGUUUUGACAAAUACUUUACAGCUGUUCAUUGUCAUUUGAUGGGUAUUUUCAAUAGAUUUACUCUGUUCCUGCAUCGUCCGUACCCAACGUAGUGAGAACUCCCUAUAGUGAUAUGGGAACCAAACGAACAUGCACGCCUCACUCAUUGCUUGCAACAGCCAUGCCCUGUUCACCAUGUUCACAGACCUAGUUUCGUAUGGAUAAUUUUAAGAAAAACAUUGAUACGAAGUGCGUUGGCGUUCGCUCGUGCGCAUGCGCAAUAUGCGUUUAGGUUUGCUAUCUAUUUGAUUUGAUUUGAUUUGAUUUGAUUUAUUUAUCUGAGUCAGAGCUGUGGAGUUCCUCGUCAUGUUUCUAAAAUUCCUAUUGAAUCUCAAAUAAUUGUUGCAAUUGUAAAAAAAAAAAAGAAUUAAUUAAUUAAAUAGAGUACCGAAGCGAUGAAGUCAGUUGCCAUGGUGUCAUGGCGGCCUAGUUCUAAACAAAUGAACCCGACGAAUGAAAGCGUGUGUCUCUCAUAGGAGAAAAUGGCUGCUAUCGGAAUUUGAUCGCUUGCAACCUAUUUUUCAGAUGAGCCAAAGUCAUACAAAUGUGUACAGACGAUCGUCAGCUGUGAUUCUGUUUAGAACCAGCCCGCCAUGACACCAUGGCAACUGACGUCACACUUCGGUGCUCUAUAGUAAGCAUUUGGGACGCAACAUCUGUGACGUGGUUAUUUGGAGUAGAAUAUCGUAAUGUACAUGCGCAGAACAGCCAAUCCUUGUCUUACACAUGCGCAUGAAAGAAGUUUGGGCAGAUAAACUCGUCUUGAUAAGGUGCGUCAGAAAUCCGAAGCUGCUUGUAACAGUAUUUCUAAUUUAAAAAUUUCAAGACAAAUUAUCGGUCGGCAAAACGAAUGUAAAAUUGUGCUUGUUUUAUGGAUGGUGAAUUAGUUUCACUGUAUUGAAAAUCCAGCGAACGUAUUCAGGCAAGCGUAUUCAUGAUAUCUUUUGCGAGAGCAUUGCUGAUGCAAUUGAAUUUCAAACGAGGCCAUUGAACUUAAUGAUACAUGUGAUAGAUAAGAAGAUAACUUUACCAGUGUCGCUUUUUCAGGAGUAAUGUAAACAUAUUUGGUAUGUUACUUACUUUCUUUUAGCAUUGUACAGCAUGCAUCUUUGUAAAAAACAAUAAACGAAAGUGUUAUGUAUUCUGACUGCAAAAUAAGUUAAGACUAUUCUAUACCUCCCUAAUUUUCUCCUUACACGCAAAUCAUUUUAUAACUACGGCUAUUUUCCCUCUUUGUAAUCUUUAUGAAUAUUUUACGAUCUCUUUUUUUUUAAUGCAAACACACAUUUCGAAAGUAAUGCUUUUUACGCUUAGGGCCAUACUGACAUACUUCUUUAUGCCAAAAUCACUUCCUUUACUUUUAUGUUCCGUAAAAUAUUGAUAAACUCCUGACGAGAUUGUGAUUGGAAUCUUCUUGCUUUAGUCUCUCGGUGCUAAAGAUUCAACACCGGACCAACCAAACAAUUUCAUUAUUGCGCAAUCAAAGCUGGACCAAGUAUCAAUGACGUUGAAAGAUCUUCAAUAUCGUCUUAGAAAUUUUGUUGCAUCAACAUGUAAUUAUUUUUAAUAUGGUAUUUGUAUUUAUUUUUAUUUGAAUAUGAAUAAAUUGUGAAAAGUGA